ACGCGACGCAGAGGCUGUGAGACUGCAGCAGCUGUUGGAGCCAGGCAGCGCUCCAAAAAAAAAGCACCACGCAGCGCACGCGUCGAGAACGUUUCCACGCGCGAUUUUCGGCCCCAGCACGCAGCGAUAAAGCCGUCAAAGCUGUCCCAAAAGCCAGCGCUAGCUAGCGACACUAAGACACUAGCCAGCCAGCCAGGCGCAAAGCUACCCAAGCACUUGCUAGGCUUUAAACAAACCAGCAAUACAUCGUCACAGCGCCCUCGCAGCCCCUAUCGCUCCGAGCAGCAAUUUCAGCCAUCUCUGUUCACUACAAGGCCAUUUAGAGCCCUCAGAGCGCCACACAGCAACUUCACCCGCAGCCCUCGCACAGCGCCGAGUAGUCGAUGCGUCUCCUCGUCGCUCUCCUCCUAGCCCAAGCCAGCGCCUUCAUCUGCCAGCAUCACCGCACGCUGCACACGUCUCUCCGCUCCGACCCCCGUGAUGAGGCCAUCGAGGUAGAAGCAUACGUGGAAGAUCUCAUAGACGAGGUGGUCAAGGACGUUAAAAAAGCCAAGCAGGACGAAGAAAUCAACCAAAAGAGCGUCGACGCGAUGAUCGACAGCGCCAUCGGCUCGGACGACGACCCCUUCAAGGACAUCCCGAAAGCUACCGGUCUCCUCGACAAUUUGUAAAUAUGCGCCAACGCCCAUUCCGGGGGUUCGCGGAUCUGCGGCCCCAGGUGGCCGAGCCGACGCUGGCCGAGUUCGAGCGGUUUCACGCCAUGCUGCCUGCACCGGGCGUGGCGCGGCGCUGCGUCGCCGCCUUCAAGGACACGAUCGUGUUCGCGCCGUCGAGCUACACCGACGAAGACUUCCCCGCGCGAGUCGGCGACUCGCCCUACGAGGUCAAGCGGCUGACGACGUUUGGUUACUGGCUCCUCGUGCUCGUGAGUCUGACGGGCCUGUCGACGCUCCUCGGUUUCACGGACACCCUCGACGCGCGAGAAGUCGACGUCAUAAACGCGCGAGAAGUCGACGAUGUUUUACCGCCGCAUUCGCUGCAUCCCUCCGAGGCGGUGAUGCAAUAUGUGCGGCGUAAAUCAGGUGAGGCGGUCCGCCCGUGCCGCCGCUUUGAAUAUAACUUCCGCCUCGCCGGCCUAUCUGUGGUGAUGUUGCAUUUCCGCGGACAGACGACGGGCUUCCUGCACUUGGUCGAGAUCUACGACUCGCGGCUGCCGCGGCCCAUCCGUCGGCUCUUCAAAGACGUGACGGUCUGGGCGUCGCGGCGCCUCUACCCGCGUCGACGGAAUGCGCGCGGCGAGUAAGAACGAUAGAAAGUU